AUGACGCACGCUUUGGGGAACUAUGACCUUGGUGCACUCAUGUUUCAGCAGCGAUGUCUGCGGCAGCAAGAGCAGCAGGUGCGUGCGGAGCUGCUACGGCUAUCAAGGACGAGGCCUUUAGGAUAUUCGGAAGACAGACCAGUUCCUCCUCCACCCCCACAGAGGCCCAUAGAAAGACGACUCCAGAGUGUUUCAAUGCAUCCGUGUGACGGGUAUGAAACCAGACCAGAGUCUUCCGUUCCAUAUCCUCGGUACAGCCAUGACCCACAGCUCAGACCGGGCCAGCAGCCUCUUAGGCGUGAAUGCCGUCCAACGAGCCGUGUGGCAGCAGCACUUGCUCACAGGCAGAGUGAGCUGCUACAGCAACAACAGGAGCGGCAGCAGCACAUUCUGAGACAGCAGCAAUUGAUGCAGCGCCCUGCUCCAUAUGGAGGAGCAACUGCAGCACAUGGCUCACCCGAGAGCCAAGAGACCAGCCCGUACACCUUUGAUUCACGACUACAUGAAGACUUCCCACCUGGCUUCCCACGUCCUCAGCGAUCAGCAACGAACCCGGUUGACAGUCGAGGGACGGGAUCUCGAUCGCUGAAGCGGAACCUGGCGCGCAUGAGUCCGCGCAACAUGCCAGCAGCUGGAAUGCCCAGCGGAAGCAGGAGGACACAAGGGGAGUGGCUGCAAAGUCGACGACGGUGGCAAGCAGCAGCAGCAUCAGGCCUUGGAGCCUAUGGGGCUUCACCAACGGAGAGGCCCUCAAGCAAUGAACGCCUUUUUCGCCCAUCUCAGCGGAGCAGUUUGCGGCAGCACGGCGCGAGCACUUCGGCGAACGACCCCGUUGGAGGUCUGCAGGACCCUUCAGGAUUUGCUGUGCCGUCGACGUUGCCCCCGAGUCUCCAUCCCCCAUCCGACGGAGAAAACAUGCUAUCUCAGCAGUUCUUGCAACAUGAGCAGCAAUGCGCGGUCCUCUCGUGUGCAGAGGCUCCCUCUGACAUUCGAAGCCGCCGCGUGACAGCCGCAAAAGACACCCGCUUCGGUGUCUGGCGAGCCGAGGAGCAGCCAGCUGAACACAUGCAGUGCUGCCACCAGUGGGCACCUCGGCAAGCAGAUUGUCAAGUAUCUGACCAGUUCAACAAGCAGCAGCCUCCCCGCAUCACCGAGUUGGCUGCUGGAAAGCCUUCAUCGCAGAACGCUUUGGAGACAUGGGAGUUUUGCCAGUCCUUGCGUUCGUCGGAUGCGCCGAGGGCAGGAUUUAGCAAGCCUUUAGCCGUGUCACGGUGCACCGCAAGCAAACGCGAUAUGAUCCACAACUCAAGCUUUGUGAAUAGCAGAGGCGCCAUCAGCGAGGACGAGGAAACUCUUCGGGGAUUAGGGGUUCAGCUGUCUCCCAGGGAACUGCAGUUCUUUAGAAAGCAGCCCAGCUUAAGGCUAAAGGAGCAGCGACUUCAUGUACAGAAAACGGCGAAGGGCUGGAAGGACACAGAUCCGAGGAGAGCUUCCGUAUCCCAUCUACCCGCUACUUGCUCAGGCUAUGAAUGCGAGGAAGUCAAUGUUCAUGGAGAGCGGGCCGACGAUGCGCGCAUGCGGCAAAAAGCAGCUCAUGGAUGGUCAAUUCCUUCUUGGAUGCGAGCAUAUGGUGUGUCCAACACUUUGCGGCGAUACUCAUUGCCUGCGGGCUCCCACAACCGCCUUGAUGUGCCCACUGCAAAGGGGCAAGGGCCUUCCAACGAAGCUGGCUUGAGCAUCCGAGACUCAUCCCGCUGUGGCUGCCAAUGUUGCCGCUUGCGGGCAGCAAACUCGGGCGUAGAGGCUUUAGACGCAUCGUGUUGCUGCUGUCCAUGUUGCUGCUCGUGGCGCGUCGGGCUUGGCGAUUCAUAUGGAGACAAGAAGGGUCAACAAGAGAUUUAUGCACUUGGGGAGCCGGCUGGGGCUGUAGACACUGAGUACCAGUGCGCUCGCUGUGGCAAAUUGCAGGAUGCAUCGUUAAGGGUGAGCGCGCAAGCGGAACCAAAUGCACAGAUACCUUUGUGCCAGAGAGCUCCGGAUCUGGAUGGUCCGGCGUCUCUUUGUGAUGCUUGCGCCACGUAUAUGGCGUGCGAACGAGAGCGAAGCGCGCCGGUUGCCGCUGCAGACUUGAACUCGCUCGAGCACCCAUAUGGCAAAGGUACUGCAGACCAGCUGAAGCUCCAGCCGGAUCUCGUGAAUACUCAGGCUUACCCUAGAGGCCCUCGUCAGCCUCCACGUAAUAGACAGCCACCUAUCGCGGAGGGGGGUGGCCGUGCUCGAUCAGCGACCCACGAUGCUCCCACUGCUGUUCCGGAAGUCUCCGAGCAAGCUGGCAAAGCUGUUAUUUCCAGAGACCCGCGUUUGUUAAAAUGGACAGCUCAGAUGAGAUGGAGCACUGCACAUGGUACACGGGCGAUGGCUUCCAGCACCAGAUCACGCUUGUUAAAGCAGAAUAAAGCGUUGGGCGUACCUCCUCCACGUACGAUGGUGUGGGAGUCGCCGCGCAUUGUGUCGAAGAUAUGCAGGUUUCUGUCACUCUCAAAGCUGCUGGUCGUGAGGCGUUGCAGCAAAGUUUGGCUGCAGGCAGCACAGUAUCGCAUGCGGAACAUUUUGUACAAGUCCCUGUACAUGCUGCUACACCAACACCCUGGGUCUCCUGGAUACCAGCAGGAGGAAGUGGAUGGACAGCAUUGCCCCCUGUCGGCAGAGGCGCUAAUCCAGCUGCUGGACCUCGAAGAAAGCGAAGUUGAGGCCGUCAAGGCUGGUAAUCUACCACCUGCACAUCCACCUGAAGCCGAAACUCCGCGUAUGAAAGAUGUUGCCGCCUCCAUCCGUAAAGCGGUAGCUGAAAUGAACCCAGUAAGUAGAAAAGGAGCUUCUGGGCAGCAGUUCAAAACGGACAAAGUUUUGCCGGCGUCAGGCAAACAAGCGAUCAAUGCAGCGGAGCCAACGGCAGCAGUUAGGGGUAGCCGCCAAUCAUUAUGCCUGGAGAGGUCACUGCAGGAUCGCGAGUUGAGAGAGCGCAUGCUUCUCGAUGCUCACGUCGCUAGGCACCAAGCGAAAGAAGAGGCAUGCUUAAGCUUGCUGGGAAAGCAAAACCAGCUUGAGCGGGCAAUAACAUUUGGAUACGACGAAGCUGCAGGUCCAACAGUUUCCCCCUUGGCUUCUGGAGUUUAUAAGAGCAUAUCCAGUCCCGCAGAACCAGCAACCUUUCGCAGAGUACGGCAUUCUUUUCUCAAGUUAUGGAAUUAUGAUGAUGAGGCUUUCCGACAAGCUCUUGUUGGAGCAACCUCUACCGCUUACCCAGCGUGGCUCUUCGACGUUUCAGCGUUGCUCCUGAGGGCCAUAUUCCAAGUUUGCUGCAAUGCACUCUCUGCACCCCCACUGAAAGAUCUGAUAAAAUUGUUUUCUCCCAAGAGCCGCUCGUCCUCAACUGUCGACGUGCCUAGCAGGUCGGACAGCUACUUGUGGGCGAAAAUGGCUCGGAUUUCAGGGUAUUCAAUGCACCUUGUUGCUGACCAGACUUGGCCACCUGUCAGGAAUCCAAUGAUACGCCUAGUUGCUCAGCCAUUUAUUCCUCCCGAGGCCCUCAUCGGUGGUACAAAACUUCAUGAAGCAGCAUUGCAAAAUGCUGGAGCUGGGGUCGGAUAUAGUGCUCCAUUGGUGCUCCGCCCUGCUGUAGUUGAUUCAUUGGAAUUAAAGAUGUCGAAGAUUCCUCCUGAGUUUAUAUCAGAGUUUAUAGCUUAUGGAAGGCAACAGCAGCUUCUACAUUCAGCAGAUCAUCACCCUAACUCUCGUGAGGCAUUAGUGCGCCAGUGCAAAGCGUCGCCGGAGCUAGUUCUGUUGAUGGACUUGUACGAGUGGCUAGCCUCUGUUUUGACCCACAAUCAUAAAACUAGUCUCAGUGUUGCAGUACAUGGAGGUCCACUAACGCGCUAUAGGCGUAGCCGAUUUGCUGUAGUCUAUCUGAGCGCCGUGCAGGGGACUGUCAGGACUUUUUCUUUCAAAGAUGUGGCAGAUAGUAGCUACACUAAGAGUACAGUAUCACCAGAAUGCAGUGGCUUUUGGUUACGCAGGCUAAAAUGCUUUGUGCACUCAUCCAAGAGCAAGGCGUUAUUCUUAGAGAAGUUUGUCGACUGCUUCAAAAGGCGAAAAUGCGGAAGCUUCUUUGAGGUGGCCGAGUAG